GGGACUGGGGAAGGGCGAGCGGCGGGGACUGGGGAAGGGCGAGCAGCGGGAGGCACGGGCUCUCUCUAGCAGGUGGCUGCAGCCAUGGAGAGGCUCUGUGCCGCCGCUGUCAAGGGCCAGACGGGCCCAGAGCGCCCAAGCCCCUUCAGUCAGCUGGUCUACACCAACAACGACUCUUACGUGAUUCACCAUGGGGAUCUCAGGAAGAUCCACAAAGCUGCCUCGGGCCAAGCCUGGAAGCUGGAGAGGAUGAUGAAGAAGACGACAAUGGACCUGAACAUAAGAGAUGCGAAGAAGAGGACUGCUCUACACUGGGCCUGUGCCAAUGGCCAUGCAGAAGUAGUAACACUUCUGGUAGAUAGAAAGGGCCAGCUUGACGUCCUUGACGGCGAAAACAGGACAACUCUGAUGAAGGCUCUGCAAUGCCAGAGGGAGGCUUGUGCAAAUAUUCUCAUCGAUUCUGGUGCUGAUCCAAAUAUCGUGGAUGUGUAUGGCAACACAGCUGUCCAUUAUGCUGUUAACAGUGAGAAUUUGUCAGUGGUGGCAAAAUUGCUGUCCUGUGGUGCAGACACUGAAGUGAAGAACAAGGCUGGCCACACACCACUUUUAUUGGCCAUAAGGAAAAGAAGUGAGCAAAUUGUGGAAUUUUUACUGACAAAAAAUGCAAAUGCAAAUGCAGUUGAUAAGUUUAAAUGCAUUCAUCAACAACUUUUGGAAUAUAAACAAAAGAUAUCUAAAAAUUAUCAAAAUAGUAAUCCAGAAGGAACAUCUGAAGGAACACUUGAUGAGGCUGCACCCUUGGCGGAAAGAACACCUGACACGGCUGAAAGCUUGGUGGAAAGAACACCUGAUGAAUAGGAUACAGUGAAUUCCUCUUCAAAGAUUUUAGCCUGUAAACAUCCUUUAAAAUUCAAGAGGGGGAAGAUUAAGUACAAUGAGUUCUGAGUUCCUCAUCAAAGAACAAAUAUGUCAGUAUGUUCAGCUUCUCUGUUCUUUGUUCUCCGUUUUAAAGUUUAACUUCCUCGUUCGUUAUGCCUCCUUGCCCCUAGUUUCAUUAAACAACCCCCUUCUAGCCUCUAACACCUGCUUUGUCUUUAGUCAUUCUUAGUAACCUGCUCUGUCCUUAGUCAUCCUUAGACACCUGCUCUGUAACUGUCUUUCCCACUGAAACUACUCACCCUGCCACUCCAGCUCAUACCCCUGCCCUCUUUGAAAUAGCCAAUCUGAAUUGGCUUAGAGUGUGCAGUCCAACCCUAUCCAAUAGGGAAAAGACACAACAGUAGGGACUAGCUGCGUUAGAAAUAAGAACACUUUCCCCUCCCUUGUCCGGUGUGAUCUUGCCUUUGCUCCAUCUGCAAGAUCACUCUUCCAUAGAAGUAAAUUUGCCUUGCUGUAAAAACUU